GUCUCCCGCUCCCCCGGGUCCAUUCGCACCCAACGCAGCUACAGACGGUCUCCAUGGCGAAGAAAGGGGCGAAGAGAAAGCAGCAGUUGCCGCCGGCUCCCACGGCGAAGAACGGGAGCAAGGCUGUGCUCCCACUGAAGGCCGCGAAGAGAGCGCCCAAGAAGCAGAAGGUUCUGGAGUCCUCCGACGAUUCUGAUACGGAGCAGCAGCAGCAGCUUCAGGAGGAGGACUCCGACCUCGACGUUUCCUCUGAUUCCGACGCCGAGGAGCUCUCUGGGUCGGACGCUGAGGCUGACGAGCUCUCGGGCUCGGACGCCGAUGCUGACGGAGGCUCGACCCGCGGCGACGACAUGGAUGAUGACGACGACGACGAAGAUGGUGAAAGCGAUGAUGACUCUCUUGCGGACGACUUCCUCGCUGGUAGCGACGAAGGAAGCGAGGGUGGUGACUCUGGUCUGGAGUCAGAUGGGUCUGAUGACCUUGAGGCAAAGUCACGAGCAAUUGACGAGCAGAAACUCAAGGCGGAAGAAGAUGCAGAGGAGGAACUUCAAACCAACAUAAGAUCAGAAUCUGAUGAAUUCAGAUUACCCACAACAGAGGAGCUGGAGGAAGAGGCACACAGACCGCCUAACCUACCAAAUCUCAAAAGGAGGAUAUCCGAAAUUGUACGAGUGCUCUCAAACUUCAGCAAACUGAGGCAGAAAGAUGUUCCGCGAAAAGAUUAUAUCAAUCAACUGAAAACUGACGUCAUGUCAUACUACGGAUAUAAUGAUUUUCUUGUUGAAGCGUUAAUUGAGAUGUUCCCAGCUGUUGAGCUUGUUGAGUUACUGGAAGCCUUUGAGAAAAGACCGCCUGAGUGCUUGCGGACAAAUACACUGAAGAGCCGGAGGAGGGAUCUUGCUGCUGCUCUUAUACCAAGAGGAUUUAAUUUGGACCCGAUAGGAAAAUGGUCAAAGGUAGGAUUAGUUGUCUAUGACUCCACCAUUUCAGCUGGUGCUACUACUGAAUAUAUGGCUGGACAUUACAUGAAACAAGGUGCAAGUUCUUUCUUGCCAGUGAUGGCACUUGCUCCACAGGAGAAGGAGCGAAUUGUUGAUAUGGCAGCUGCUCCAGGCGGUAAGACUACAUACAUUGGCGCUCUUAUGAAGAAUACUGGAAUCAUCUAUGCAAAUGAGUUCAAUGAGAAAAGGUUGCAUGGGCUUAUGGGAAACAUCCAUCGAAUGGGCGUGACAAAUACCAUAAUUUGUAACUACGAUGGUAAAGAGCUACCCAAAGUUCUUGGGAUGAAUUCGGUUGACAGAGUAUUGCUGGAUGCUCCCUGCACAGGAACUGGGACCAUUUGGAAGGAUCUACAGAUCAAAACUUCAAAGGACAUUGAAGACAUCAGGAACUGUGCCUUUGUCCAAAAGCAAUUGCUGCUAGCUGCUAUUGAUUUGGUUGAUGCCAACUCCAAAACUGGUGGUUACAUUGUUUACUCAACUUGUUCGAUAAUGAUCCCGGAGAAUGAGGCAGUGAUUGACUAUGCACUUAAAAAGAGAAAUGUAAAACUUGUGCCUUGCGGGUUGGAUUUUGGGCGUCCAGGAUUCAUCCGGUACCGGGAACAUCGGUUUCAUACUUCUUUAGAAAAGACAAGAAGAUUUUAUCCUCAUGUCAAUAACAUGGAUGGAUUUUUUGUAGCCAAGCUGAAAAAGUUAAGCAAUACAAUCCCGGUGACUUCUGAGCAGCCUAAAGCGUCCGAAGGAGCAGCUGAGAAGGCCGAUGGAGAAGAUGAGAAAGUUAUUUCUAAUGAACAGGAGACAGCUGUUCCUGGUAAAGAUGAAAAAACUGUGCAGAUGAUAAAUCAUAAAAAGAGUAAGGUGACUAAUAAAAGAACAAGUGUGACCAAAGAGGCUGGAGGGCAUAAACGUGAACCUAAUAGGUCAGGAAAGCAUCUCAAUAAAAAUAAGGAUACCGAUACCAAGGAAGUUGAUGGCCCUGAAAGCACUGAAACAAAUGGAGAUGGGAAAGAAGAGCAACGUGAACAAACCAAGCAAACGAGCCACAAAAGGAAGAUAGAUUCUGUUAAAACUAAAAAAUCUGGCCCUGUGAGCUUCUCGGGUGUUCAAGAGAAGAAUCAGGUGAGUGGCAAGAAGACAAAAAGGAAAUGGCAAUUCAAGCUGAGGCGAGACUGGGAAGCUGAAAAGAAAGGUACCAAGAGGAGUAAGGUAUGAGUAUUCAGAUAUCCACAAAUCCCAAUGAAAUUUGAUGCGCUGGGCAACAAACAAUUUUGACCAAGCAUGGGUUUGCACCCAGGAUUUUUUUUUGGAUGUACGAAAUAGCGAUUGUAAUUUGUUGUAUUUUAUUCGAUGUGCGUGUAGACGAGUGACAUAUCUGUCAGUGGGAACUGAAGCAAAUUAUCUUGAUGAAUGCCAUGUG